GUCCAUAUCGACGACAGCUGCAAUAAAAGAGGCACGGGCAGCACUCUGCUUUAGUUCUCCAUAUUCCCUGACACUCAUCGAAAUACUUCGCAUCUGCAUAAGUUACGGUUAUUUCCCGACAUAUAUCCGUACUUUCAUCAUGACGAAAGCCGAAUCUACCCUGGGCGCAGACCAGGCUCCUGUCACCGGGGCUCUACACGUCGUGGACCCCGGCCUGGUCAACGAGGGAGCAAAGAAUGUUCCGUACUUCACGCCGAUCCAGGACCCGGCGGCCGGGACGGCCAGGGAUCCCCAGCCCGAGGGGUCCCUCUUCUCUCCGCUGAAGCUCCGCGGCCUGACGCUGCAGAACCGCAUCAUCGUGUCGCCCAUGUGCCAGUACUCCGCCGACGACGGGCACAUGACGGCGUGGCACAAGACGCAUCUGCAGGGCUUCGCCGUCCGCGGCGCCGGCCUCGUGCUGACCGAGGUCCAGGCCGUGGUGCCCGAAGGCCGCAUUUCCCCCGAGGACCUCGGCAUCUGGGACGACUCGCACCUUGGGCCGGCGAAGGAGGUCAUCGACUUUAUCCACAGCCAGGGCGGCCACAUCGGCAUCCAGAUCGGGCACGCCGGCCGGAAGGCUAGCACGGUUGCGCCCUGGAUCGACCGCAAGGCCGUUGCGGGCGAAAAGGGACGAGGAUGGUCGGACAAGGUGUAUGGCCCGUCUGCCGUAGCAUACAGCAAAGACACCUACGUGCCAAAGGAAAUGACACUGGACGACAUCGAGACGUUCAAGGCCAAGUGGGUCGACGCCGUCAAGCGCGCAGUCAAGGUCGGGUACGAUACCAUCGAGAUCCACGCCGCCCACGGCUACCUCAUCAACAACUUCCUCUCGCCCACGUCGAACACGAGGACGGACAGGUACGGCGGCAGCUUCGAGAACCGGACGCGCCUCCUCGUCGAGCUGACGGAGCUGACGCGCGCCCACGUCCCGGACAACUACCCGGUCCUCGUGCGCCUCGCCGGCACCGACUACCUCGAGUUCGACCCCUCCAUCCCGCAGUGGGACAUCGACCAGGCCCAGCGGCUCGCUCGGAUCCUCGCGGACAAGGGCGUCGACUUCCUCGACAUCUCGGGCGGCGGCCAGGACGCGAGGAUGCGGGUCGCCCCGGGGCCCAAGUACCAGGCCCACCUCGCCGCCGCCAUCCGGAAGGCCGUCCAAGGAACCGGGGCGCUCGUCGGAUCCGUCGGCGGCAUUGCCUCCGGGAGGGACGCGGCCGAGGUCUUGGCGGACGGGCAGGCGGAUGCCGUGCUCGUCGGCCGGGGGUUCCUCAAGGAUCCCAAUCUGGUGUGGACCUGGGCUGACGAGUUGGGCAUCGACGUCCACGCGCCCAGUCAGUACGGAUGGCCAUUUGGACGUACUCGGACCCACAGGCCGAGCAAACAUUGACCACCGAGGCCGGAGAUGUUGGAUCUGUUUCCUUGGCCUCAUCCACACUUGCGUACCGGUGUCCGGUUUUUUGAUUGUCUUGGUAUAUCCGUAGAGUGAAACAAAUUUCCACCAUGCAGACCGGUUUUGUAACCUUGAAAUUAUUUUUUUCAUCUCCUUC